AUGGAUCACAGAAGUGGUUCCCAGCUUCCCCUUUCCUUUAUACUUCUCUGCAUCCUCUGCUCACGAGCUCUUGCUUUACCUCCUCUAGAAUCCUACUCAGCUAUGAGAUUAGGAAACAGAAUCCCAUUUGAUGGGGCAAGUGAAUCAGACCAAGCUCCAUUAAAAUUGGAGGCUGACAUUUUGCAUACACUAACAGAUAAUGAUAAAUUCUAUUAUGAUGUCCCCAGAGCUAUGGACAGAAACAAAAGACACGCUGAUGGACUCUUCACAAGUGGAUACAGCAAACUUUUGGGUCAGCUCUCUGCACGAAGGUAUCUGGAAUCACUUAUUGGAAAAAGAAUUGGAAAUAACAGCCCCGUUGAAGAAGAGAUGCCUGUCAAGCGCCACUCAGAUGCUGUCUUCACUGACAACUAUAGCCGCCUCCGAAAGCUAAUGGCUGCGCAGAAAUAUUUGAACUCUAUUUUAACAGGGAAAAGAGGUCAGGAAGAGCUGAACAACGCCAACCUUCCAGAUGAAACGGAAUUGCUUGAACCUGUGUUCUCAGAAAACUAUGAUGGUGUCACUGUAGAUGAUCUUCUGAACCAUUUCGAAUUAGUCGUGCAUCAGGAACAGAAUAAGCUUUUCAUGAAGGAAUGGUCAGGCUAUGGCUUUACCCUCUUUGAUGUUGAGUGUAAGGAGGGUGGCUUCCCAAAUGACCUCUGGCUCAGUGUCAGCACAGAGAAUGUGUCUGUGUGCGAACUUUGGAAACUUUCCAGUAUUGUCUUCUCUGGGACUCUCCAGCCCAACACCUUCAAAUUGACUGUGGAUGAGAGAGAGAUGUUCUUUGAAACCCCUCAGGUGGGGGAGAUCAUUAAAACCAUGAAAGCCUACCGUGACAUGACUGUGAAGAAAUGUUACAGCAUCAAGUCAGCCGCCAACCUGGACAGCUGUGCGAGUUUCUGGACCAAGUGA